AUGGACGAUGAACACGAGCUGUUGGUCCACAUCUCCGCUCCGGCUACUCGACAAAACGACCAACUUUACCGCUCCUUGGCCGACGCUUAUCUUGACUUUAGACCGCAUCGUAAAAACGUUGAGGAGACACCACAACACGAUGUGUCGAGCCAGUUUGCUGCUUCCCGAGUGAGCGACCCUUCGCCACCAAACAAAGGAAAUUCAUUUCGCGAGUCCGUCAAUACCUCCAUCUUAUCGACCAACAAAGAUUCCUACGGCAGUUUCCCAUCUCACUUAUCGUCCGAUGAAUAUCCCAAAAGAUACGUCGGCGCGUCGUCCGACGAUGUGGGAGAAGACGACUUUGCGCCAACGUCUAGUCGGCUUGCGCGGUUAGAACGUAUCCAUCAAAACUGGAAAGCGCAAGCAACUCCCAAGUCAAGCGCUGCUAGCAAACGGCGGUGCAUAAAAGAUGUUCCCAGCAGUCCUGAGGAUGCUGAUACGGCGUUUAUUGAGGAUACGCAAGCUGCGGUACUGGCACUACAGAGUCAAUUGCAGGAUACCUUUUCAAUGACUUCUGAAAACACAUCCGGAGACGAGUCGGACGCUAGGGAUGUCAUGCAGGAGGCUUCUUCGUCGCCUGCUAUGACAACGGAACACGCGAUCGUCGCUACAGCAGAAGAGCCGGAUGCGCCUAGCGCUAAGUCUUCGCCCCAGGUACCUCUCGCAGAUGUGAAUCGUCGGGAAAGUACGCGCCUGGAGAUAGGUAGCGAUAUAUCAGAAGCCAAGACGCCUGCUUCUCCAGAAGUGCAUCCCAAAUGCAGCAGCGUCGUCCCAACUCAGCAAGAAAGCGUCCGCUCAUCUGAUGCGCCAAAGCCAGUUUCUCCAUUAGCAGAAGACCAAGCCAGUGAGAACAGCAAGGUGCAAGAAAUCGACGAUUCCGGUCCGCCCAUAGACUUCACCGAUUAUCCGGAAAUAGUUGAAUCUCCAGCACCGAAGAUAGGUGUAGAGAGUCCGGAGACGUGGCCUCGGCAGGUCACACCCUACCUGGAAGCCCUGAAGGAACAAUAUCCAGGCAAGUUCAAACCAAUUGGAAAGUCACGCGAUCCAGUGGGCAAUGAACGAGGUCAUUGGCUCAUUGACUUGUCGACUUGGCCUGCGCAGGCUCAGAAAGACCUUUGGGAUGGCGUGUGUGAACCGCUGAAAGAUGGCAGACUCGGCUGGGGCGCAUAUCUCUACCGAGAGAAGGGUACUUCUGAAACUCUUGGGAUGAUGCAGCUGUUUAAUUGGGGAGAGCUUGCAGAGCAUAUGUGGCUGCUGUUGUGGGUUUGUUCAAAGGGGAAGAUAGCCGGCGCAGGUCUUAAGUGGAAGGCCGGCCGUGACGUUAUCUUGGUCAUGGCAUGA